GACCCUGGCCUGUGCAGCCAUGCUGAUGUAUGACUACCCUCCGCCGACUGACAUGGACACGUCAUUCUAUCCUCGCUUAAUGAAAACACCAGAGCCGCCAUACAGAGUCAUCUUCCCCCCUCAUGCCCCGCUCUAUCAGAUGCACUUGCCCCCCUUUGCCGCCUCUCACAAUCCCAGCAACCCCACGCAGAUCCAGCUGGAGCCGGUGGACCUAUCCGUCAGCAAGCGCUCCUCCUCGCCGCCGCAUUCUUCGUCGUCGUCCUCCUCCUCCGUUUCCUCCACCCCCAGCUCCCCGCCUUCCCCGUACAGCCGAGCAUCCCCACACUCCCCACUCUCCCAGCUGCACUGCUCUCCGUCCCACACCCUCUCCCCGGCGGCCCCCUCCGGGCCCUACCAUUCCAUGGUGAGCCCGGGGGUCAUGGUGUCCCCGGUCAUGGUGCCUCUCCCAAUCCUCUACCACACACCCCUGCACCUGCAGCCGCCGAUAAUAAUGAGCUCGCCAGCCGUGAACAACAACGAGCGCCAUCAAAGCAGGGAGCACGCCUCAGUUCGUUCCACGAAGCAGCCAGAGACCCUCGACAUGACCGAUGGCCACGACACCCACAAGACGGUGAAAACAGAGGCUGGUGCUGAUCUGGGACCCGACCCCAUCCAUGAAGUGAAAUCCCCCGUCAUCAGGACACUGUCUGAAUAUGAGUGCAAUGCUCCGUCAGUAAUAACUAUUAUCAGCUCAAAUCCCCAACAUCCUCUCCCGCCGGACUCUCCGGACUCGUUGAAGAAGCGGCGCAUUCACCGCUGCGACUUCUCAGGCUGCAACAAAGUGUACACCAAAAGCUCCCAUCUAAAAGCCCAUCGCAGGACGCACACAGGGGAGAAACCCUACAAGUGCACGUGGGAAGGCUGCACAUGGAAGUUCGCCCGCUCAGAUGAGCUGACGAGACACUACCGCAAGCACACGGGAGUCAAGCCAUUCCAGUGUCCAGACUGCGAGCGCAGCUUCUCACGCUCCGACCACCUGGCUUUGCACAAGAAACGCCACCUCCUCGUGUAACACCUCCACCGAGCAGCCUGAAAGAAAUUCCGGGCCAAGUUGAACUGUGCUACUUUGACCCUAAAGGGUUAAAACAGCUGGCCUUACACAAUGGACUCUGACAGGAAGUGGGAAAUUGUUCCUCGGGGUGUCUGUUUCGACCUUUUUAUCUUAACUCAGUAUACUGAGUGAGAGCUUUUGAAAGCUGUCAGACCUCUGAUCAGCUAUGGAAGGUCCAAGAACUGUUUUUCUUUUUUUUUUGUUUUUAGAGUGGCUGCUGUUUCUUAGCUGGCCUGAGAGCAGCGCCCUCCUGUGGCUACAAACCAAAUCGCAUCAAUGCUCAGCCUAUAGCUCAAGCUUCUGUGCACCAUCAGCUAUCUUUCUACAUUAGUUCAUGUGAUUUUCCACACAGGCCAAUAAAAUGUGAAACUUUUCCAGAAUGUAUCAUACCACACCGUCUAUGCAUUGUGUCAUACGUCAGUCUUCUUGCUGUCAUCAGUGGGAAACGACCCUCGUGUCAACUUCCUCCACGGACUGCCACGUUGAAACACCACACACCUCAUCUGCCUCCGAAAAGCUUAACAUUUUGCAUAAUGAAGUGAUGACCGGUAGUUUCCCGCUUGCUUUCUCCUCGGUAUAUAUUGCAUAAAACACAUCAAAACACUUGCACUUAUUCAAAGUAACUUGGCCGUAAUUUCUUCAUGCUUAGGGGUGAAAAAAGUGGGUCUCAUUCAUUGUCAGAGUGAAGUGUUUAUGAAUGCUUUUCUUUCAGAAAUGUGAAAGUUGUUGCAUUGGGGCAUUAUUUUUGUGUGGAAAAAAGCACCACUCUGUUUGAUAAGGGUAGAAGAAAUGUUAUUUUUUUUUACCUAUUACAGAUUGAUGUAUCUAUGAAUUUUGGUUUGAUGUGACACCAUGGUAUCUGUUUGUAUUGAAUGACACUUUUUUAUGUUAAAGAAAAAUGAUCUAAGCAGGGAAAAUUUCUCCUAAAAUUUGAGUUUUUCAGGAAGAGCAGUGCCUUUUUUUUCUUUAAUCCCACUUUAGAGAUAUUUAUCAGUUCAAAUCAAAAGUCUUAAGUAAUUUUUUACCAAAUGUCACAAUAGGAAAUGUUCUGAUUUUAAAUUAUAAUAUCAGUUCAUUUUUUAUACACCUGGAGAACAAAAGAGCGUAUUUGUACAUCUCCAACGUGCACUUUAAGUAAUUUUAUAUGUAUAAAAUAGCAUAGAGGCAUAUAAAUCAAGAAUACUGUGUUAUUCCCAAGGCCAAACUGUUUAAGUGAUACGUUUGGUUUCCCCUUUUCUUUUUGUCUCUAAAUUUGAUGAUCAAAUUGAUCAGAAAUGUUCAUCAAAUUCUAAUUCUAAUAAUAUAAUGCCUGUCUGUCAUUUAGUCAUACGUAUUCAAAUUUACAUACAGAAUGUAGCAGCUCAAGUGAUCUGCAUUUGCUCCUUAAUACUAUUUGCAGUUUUUUUGCUUUUUUUUUGUAAUGCACAUGUAAGUUGUGAUAUAUCAUAAUUGAUUAUUAAACAGAAAGGGCAAUUAAAGGUUUUUAUUAAGCAUGAUUUUUAUAUUCAGAAAUUUAUAAAAAAUGUGUCUUUAAUAAAAUAUUUCUCUUUUUACUCUGAACUUUGUUCAAAGGGAACUUUAUUAAACUGUGAACAUAUAACUGUUAAAGGUCUGUAUGCCAUUUUAUGUUUUAAAUUGAAUAUUCUUAUUACUCAAUAAACCUAUUGGUAACAUUUUAAA